CAACAACGACAUUUGCCUAAAACAGGACCCAAAAAAAGAAAAAAAAUUUCCCCCGCUUAAAAAAAUAACUUUUUUCUUCCUUCCUGGAUCUGACCCGACCUCCCUCAUUUUCUUACUUGUUGUUUUCCGAUUGGCAUUUACUUUGUGAGUUAAUGGUGGUGAGAAUUUGGAGAUAGAAUUGUUAAAUUGACGAGAUUUGGACGGGGGGUUUUGGGGGGAAUGGCGUCGGCUGAGGUAUUGCCUAGUUCGCGGAAACAAGAGCAUUUAGAAGCUGGGAAGCGUCGGCUUGAAGAAUUUCGUAAGAAAAAGGCUGCUGAAAGAGCCAAGAAGGCAGCUUCUACUACUCAAUCUUACAAUACUGAUGUUAGCUUAAAUGAUAAACAUCAAUUAGAAACUGAACAAGUGAGAGCCAUUAACUCAGAUGGUGCCGGUACAUCUGAGGGACCUAAUCCUUCUUCCUUAAAUACAAUUAACAACAACAACAACAAAACAACUGAAGUUUCCCGUGAAAAUCAGCAAGUUUACUCCAACAAUGCCUUUGUGGUCCCAUCUUUUCUAGGCAGUGAUUAUAAUUCAUCUAUUACAGAGAUGCAGGCACAUGAAAAAAGUCUAGAAAAUGAGAAAUACGGUGCUCCAUGGAAUGGUGGACCAUUUUCUAAUGAUAGCCUACACACAGAACGUUUCAGUAAUGACUUUCUAGAGCCCAAGUCAAAAGAAGAUGAUGGUUCUUUGAAGGUUUCUGCAGUUGUAACUCCUAUUUCUGAAGAUUUUGUUACAAAAAGAUCUCAGCAGAAUUCACUGCAAAAUAAGGCCAGUGAAGGAAGCUUGCUAGGUAGUAACCAUGUGCUAUCUUCUUUCCAUGAAGAUUCUACUCAAUCAAUCUCGGGUAUAAGACGGCCUAUGAUUUCUGAUCCUGGAGAAAGAAAUUUUAGUAGUUCAUCCAGUGAUUUUCCAAGGGUGCUUGGUCCAUCCACGCAAAUAUCUGGGUCUUCAGAGUUCAAUUUUGAUGCCAGAGGUUCCUCAAGUCACAUGCCAGUACAUUCAGUCACGGAUGAUACUAUUUCUAGGAGAUCUCGUCCAUCUUUCCUUGAUUCUCUUAAUGUAUCCAAAGCUUCUUCUGGGUCACUUUUUCAACAUGAUAAAACUACAAACAAUGCAUUUGCAUUCCAUAGUUCACAAUUUAACAGCUUCGACACCAAAGGAUCAUCCCUGUUCGAGAAACCAUCAACAGAGAUUGAAACUAUGGGAACUUUCUCCAAGCUAGGGUUCCCUGAGUUUCCUGGUGCUAGGGAGUAUCCUGGUCAAUAUUCGGUUCCUGUUUAUAAUGAUGACCUCUUGAGCCUGAAUGUUGCUAAUGAGAAUGUCUCAGAGAAGAACCAUGAGUUCUACUCAACCAAACAGAAUGAAGAUUUUGCUGCUUUGGAGCAGCAUAUUGAAGAUUUGACUCAGGAGAAGUUUUCAUUGCAACGAGCACUUGAGGCCUCACGUACAUUAGCAGAAUCGUUGGCUGCUGAAAAUUCAUCCUUGACUGAUAGUUACAAUCAACAGAGAAGUGUUGUCGACCAGCUAAAAUCCGAUAUGGAGAAGUUGCAGGAAGAAAUCAAGGCCCAACUGGCAGAACUUGAGUCUUUUAAAAUGGAAUACACAAAUGCACGAUUGGAAUGUAAUGCUGCUGAUGAACGUGCCAAUAUAUUGGCUUCUGAAGUCAUUGGUUUGGAGGAGAAGGCACUUAGAUUAAGGUCGAAUGAGCUAAAAUUGGAGAGGCAAUUGGAGAACACAGAGGCUGAAAUUUUUUCUUUCAAAAAGAAAAUGUCUAGCCUAGAGAAAGAGCGUCAGGAUUUUCUAUCAACCAUUGAAGCACUUAAAGAAGAGAAGAAGGUACUUCAGUCUAAGCUACGAAAAGCUUCUGGCAGUGGACAGUCUAUUGAUGUUAUUAAGAAUCCUGCUUCUAAGAAGGAUAUGUCAACUUCAACAGAAAAUCUUGCAAGCAUGGAUCCUUCUUCUGAUGACAGGGGAACGAAUAACAGCAAUGAUGCCUCUGGUUUGAGCUUGCUGCAUGAUGAUGGGCAGUUUGAAGCUUCUUCUGUGUAUAUCCCUCCUGAUCAAACGAGAAUGAUUCAGAACAUCAAUUCUCUAAUUUCAGAGUUAACAUUGGAGAAAGAAGAACUGACACAAGCUUUGUCAUCUGAGGUAUCUCAAAGUUCAAAGCUGAAGGAGUUGAACAACGAGUUGUCUAGGAAACUUGAAGCUCAAACUCAAAGAUUAGAGCUUCUGACAGCUCUAAGUAUGGCAAGUGAGCAUAUCCCAGCAAGACAACCCGAGUCUCAAAUAAUGCAUGAUAAUACUCCAUAUGCCGACGAGGGUGAUGAGGUGGUGGAACGGGUGUUAGGAUGGAUUAUGAAGCUCUUUCCUGGUGGGCCAUCGAGACGGAGAACCAACAAGCAUAUUUCAUAAUGAAUCCUGAAAUCAUGGCAAGAAAGGACUACACUUUCACAAGGUUUAGUUCAAGUUUGCCUUCCCUUACUGUUGUUGAUGUGAGGGAGGUUGUCACUUGUAAAAUUUGAGUCAUGUUAUUUUUUAGUUCAGGUUCAAACCCUUAUUUUUUAAUAGUAAGGAAAAUGAGGUUAUUGACCGACUAUUACUUCUGUUGGCGCCGUUGCUGUACAAACUUUCGGAGGUUGGGGUUUGAGCCUGUCUCAAGUGAGUAUAAUUAGUUGGGGGGGGGGGUUUGUGGAUUAAAGAUAGAUUAGGAAUGCCGAAAGACAAAUGAGUUUAACGAGUUAAUGUUACCAUUUAUAGGAAAAAAAAACUAAUGCUCAAUUUUUUUAGAGAAUUAAUCUUCACUUUUUUUUUUAA